CCGGGCAGCGCAGGCAGGCAGGGUGGAUGGACGGCCAGGAGCCCCUCCGGGGGGCGAGCACCAGGCGCCCGCAGUCCAGGGGUUGUGUGAAGCCGAAGAAGGAGGAGCUGAGGCAACACCAGCAUUUCUGCUCCUGUCUUUGGAGAGCCUCUCCUCCCCCGAGGGAGGGGCCCUUCUCGCGCGGGGCUGGGGGCGGAGAGCGGCGCUGACAUCACAGUCAGGGGCGUGGCCAGACGACCCCCCCCCCCAGCAGUGUGGAGCGCAGACAGCGCGGAUGGCCAGCCGGGCGCCCCUCCGGUGGGCGAGCGACGGACGCCCGCAGUCCAGGAGGAUGGAGGCUUCGUGUUUGGAAUUGGCCCUGGAAGGAGAGCGGGCGUGCAAGGCGGGGGAUUUCCCUUCCGGAGCAGCUUUCUUCGAACACGCAGUCGAGGUGGGGACAGAGGAUCUGAAGACCCUCAGUGCCAUUUACAGCCAACUGGGCAACGCCUACUUCUACCUGAAGGACUAUGCCAAAGCUUUGGAAUACCAUAAGCACGAUCUCACGCUGGCCAGAACUAUCGGGGAUCGGAUUGGAGAGGGCAAAGCCAGCGGCAAUCUUGGCAACACCCUGAAGAUCCUGGGUCAGUUCGACGAAGCCUUGGUUUGUUGCCAGAGGCAUCUGGACAUUUCUCAGGAGCAAGGAGACAAGGUGGGGGAGGCCCGAGCACUGUACAACAUUGGCAAUGUCUAUCACGCCAAAGGCAAGGAGGCGUUGUGGACCCUGCCCCAGGAGGAGCCAGGCCAGCUGCCUCCGGAGAUUCAAGAGACUCUGCAAAAGGCGUCCGAGUUUUACGAGAGGAACCUCUCCCUCGUGAAGGAGUUGGCCGACAGAGCUGCGCAGGGCAGGGCUUACGGGAACCUGGGCAAUGCCCACUACCUGCUGGGCAACUUCAGCAAAGCCAUCGUCUUCCAUAAGCAGAGACUGAACAUCGCUAAGGAAUUCGGGGACAAAGCUGCCGAGAGGAGAGCGUACAGCAACCUGGCCAACGCUCACAUCUUCCUGGGAACCUUUGACAUAGCCGCAGAGUAUUACAAGAAAACCCUCCACCUCUCCAGGCAGUUGAAGGACCAAACAGUGGAAGCCCAGACCUGCUACAGCCUUGGAAACACAUACACCCUACUGGAAGACUAUGAGAAGGCUGUGGAGUACCACUUAAAGCAUCUGGCCAUUGCCCAGGAACUUGGAGACCAAGUAGGAGAAGGAAGAGCGUGUUGGAGUUUGGAGAACGCUUACGUUUCACUUGGGAACUAUGAGCAAGCCUUACACUUUGCAGAAAAACACCUUGAAAUCUCCCAAGAGAUCGGGGACCCAGCUGGCGAGAUGACAGCAUGCACAAACAUUGAACAACUGCGAUCCGCGUUGGGCUUGGAGCAGAGCGGCGAUGGGGCCAGUGCCUCGGUUCGUGCCGGAUAUGAAAUCCAAGGAGCCAAACCAAAGUGGGUCCAAUCAAACAGCAUGAACAGCCUUGAGCUCCUGAGGUUCCCAUCUGAAAAGGAUCAGAAUGGAGAGAGCCAUCCCUUGGGAGACCUUGGAAUAAUGGGGAAAAAUUCCCUGCCUCUCUCUGGUAGAUCCCAUCAAUAUAGGCAAAACCCGUCAUUGUUGGAGGGUUACAUUGAAUCUCCUUUGGAAGCCAGUGACGUCCAAGUCCAGUUACCCCAGCUGAAAAGCCAGCGGUCCCAGUCCAACGAGGACUGCUUCUUUGACCUCCUAAGCAAAUUCCAAAGCAGCCGGAUGGAUGACCAGCGCUGUACUUUGGAGGACUCCCAGAGAGAGUCAGAUGAAGCAGCUGCUAUGCCUGUCCCUGCCCUGGAAGAGACACAAACUCAGUCCAUGGCCUCGCCACAAACCGAGGAGCUCUUUGACCUGAUUGCCAGCUCUCAGAGCCGGCGGCUUGACGACCAGCGGGCCAGCGUGGGGAACCUGCCCGGCCUCCGCAUCACGCCCGGCAACCUGGGCCACCUCCGCAUGGACGGUGAGGCUGAAGAGCCUGGCGACGAAUUCUUCAACAUGCUGAUGAAGUGUCAGUCCUCCCGCCUCGACGACCAGCGCUGUGCCCCGCCCCACUCCAUGCCCCGUGGCCCCACCGUGCCCGACGAAGACUUCUUCAGCCUCAUCCAGCGGGUCCAGGCCAAGCGCAUGGACGAGCAGAGGGUGGACCUGGCUUCAGGCGAAGACGAUCAAGGCGAGGAGCAAGCACCAGAUCAGCAGCAGAGACCCAGCUUCAGUUAAGCCAGAGCCAGCGGCCAGCGAAGGGAGGACUUCAGCCCUGCCCCCAGCUGAAGGCCGUGGCCCUCAAUGGAUUCCUGGGGGCAGUGGCUCCCUUCUGCCCUUUCUCAGCCUGGAGAAAACGGCAAGCAAAAUGGAUGGGCGCUUUCUCCUGUGCCGAUGGACCAAUUGGGCAGGAUCGGUAAGGGCGAGGCAUCGUCUCUGCGCAAA